CCCUAAAGGGCUGCAGCCAAACUCUUUCCUUGGCGUUCGCAGCACCUCAGCCAUACGGGUCAGAAUUAUCUGCAGACUCAGUCAAUGUCUGAUGGGCGUCAGACCCGCUCCACACGUCCUUUGGCUAGCACGUAAGCAAUGGCGUCUAGGACAAAUACCUACAGAGGAAAACUUUCCCGGAAGUCCCACCAGAAAUCGCGUCUGGGGUGUGGCAAUUGCAAGCGGCGGAGGAUUAAGUGUGACGAAGUCAAACCUUCUUGCGGGCCGUGCAUGCGCCACUCGACUGACUGCGAUUUUGAAGUAGGGGAUUCGGCCGACAGAAAUUUGUCCUCACUAACCCCAUCGAAAGAAGAUGACCAGCGGUUAACACCGGGUGGAGGGUAUACAUAUAUCUCCUCGUUUCAGACUGGCUUCAAACCGCCAAAAAGGAAGCAUACUCGACGAUGCGAGUCCUCAAAACCGAACAUUCCUAGUCAAGCAGCCCAAAAUUUAGAGCAGGUGCCGUUGUCGGCCUUGGCCAACCGCCCAUUUGAGUUCUCUGCGUUAGAUAUGGAGCUAUUCCAUACUUACAUGUCAUCUACCUCAUUGACCCUGGCGGAGAAUGAAGCAGGUCGGCAGCUGUUGCAGACCCAGCUCCCACGACUGGGGUUUUCUUUUAAUUACGUGCUGCGUCUUCUCCUGGCCUUUAGUGGGUUUCACCUCGCACGUACGCAGAAAACUACCGACACAGCAACUUAUUCAGAGCGAGCUCAGUGGCACUAUACUGUCGCCAUUGGCCAAUUGGUAUCUUCUGUGACUAGUUUAAACGCUGGCACCUGCCAUGCUGUCUAUGCGGCUUCUUCAUUCAUGUGUUUCUGCGCACUAGCUAGAGGUCCGCAGUCAGGAGACUAUCUCACAUUCAGCAGUAGUGGUCAAGCAGAGUGGCUGACACUCCUACACGGCGUUCGAUCGAUUAUGGAGACGACGGACCAAAUGUCAAUCAAAAUGUCACCCACUCCAGAGUCACGUACUAGUGCAGGCGCCGAAACCGCAGGCGCCGAAGCAGUUGCUCCCCCAUCACUGCUUGUCCAGGAUAGUAAUACCAGCAGGGCGGAUUUUCUGAUACCCUUGAACCAGAUUCGUCAGGCAGUGUUCAAUGAGCUGGAGCACUCUGAUUUUCGAUAUGGGACGUAUUUGAAAGUCUAUGAGGAUCUAGUCUCGACCUUCCAAUCGGUAAGAAACCACAUGCGAGAUCUAUCUAAGGGAGAGCGGGUCCCGUUCAUCUUCGGUUGGCUUUACCGUCUUCCAAAGAUUUUUGUUACCGAUCUCCAGGAGCAACGACCCCUCUCCCUGGUGUUGUUUGCGUUCUUUGUGGUAUUACUAAAGGAUAUUUCUGGCUAUUGGUUUAUCGAUGGAUGGCCGAAGCAUAUCAUGACUGGGAUCUACCAGUGUCUCGAUGAAGGGCAUAGACCCUGGAUUCAGUGGCCAGCAGCAGCAAUCGAGGGAGCUGCCUACACUGCUUCCAAUUAGCCGACACCUGCUGGCGUCUUAUACUCUCAUUUCUUCCUAAACAACCCCCCCCCCUUUUUUUUUUGUAAAUAUUUUAUCUUUUCUUGUUUUGUCUUUUCGUCCCCUACAUUUUGAAGCACCCACGGGCACUCCUAUCACAUUUCAGUUUCUGAAUUACGACAGACAAGCGAAC